AUGGUUUCCUGCGCUGCACCCCAGCCCCACCCCUUGAUCCUGGAAUCCUGUUCGUACAACUGCCUCUGUCAGGAGCAGGGAGGCUCUCGGACGGGCCCUGGGAAGCACUUAGCAGGAGCCGGGCUUCAACAUCCGCUGCUUGAAACAAACUCAGCAAGAAUCUGGAAACAACCUGAAUGUUCAACCCUGGAGGCCCGGGAAGGUGGCUGGCGGCGCCUCUCGGUGGGAUGCUCCGUGCUCGGACAGACAGUUCGGGGGCAUCUCGGGCCCGUGACAACACGGGGACAAGGGGCUUUGUCACAGAGCCACCACGGGGCAGCAGGGCCCGGGUGUGAGCGCAGGUCUGCCCGAGCCACAGCUGGAGGCGCAGAUGGGGAAACAGAGGCACCGAGAGGUAAGCAGGGGCCAGACAAACUGGGCCUGGUGACCCCAGCUCCACACCCUGCCUGGACCCUGGAGCACAGAGCGGGGCUGGGGGAGGCAGGAGGGAUUCGGUUGCAACCCCCGUCACGCCUGCACGAGGGGCAGAAGCUGCUUCCCGGAGGGCGCUGGGUCAGCCUCGACCCUGCGCCCUGCACCGUGCAGCUCCCUGGUUGGGCAGGAAUGUGGGGAGGUCACCUUGGCUACUCCCGGCAUCUGGAGAGGGCGGCAGCAUCAUGGGAGGGAGCCCCGUCCACAUGGAAGCCUGAGGACGUCGGUGCUCCCCCUGCUCACCCUUGUCCUCUGCUCUGGGAAAGUGCUUCUACCCCGCUGCUUGCUGACUGCCGGGCAGGGGCACCCAGAGUCGGGGACCUGCUCCUGGGAGAGUCGUGGGGACUUAGCGAACUGGGAAGUGGCAUCCCCCGGGCCUGCACCCUUCCUGCGUCUCCGGGCAAGCUCUGGUCUGCCUGCAGCUGCCCAGCUCCUGGGUGGGCUGCCCCCUGCCUUCCUGUCCCUGCAGGGACAGCCCCUGGGGGCUCCCAGGCUGCAGGGAGGUGACUGCAGUCCCUGAGCGAGCCCUUCUUAUCUAGAGCUUGAAAGGACAUGGUGCGAGGGGAGGAGGACCCGGAGCUGGGGGCCUGGGACAGGUGAGAAACGGAAUCCAGUGGUACUUAUAGAGGUGUCCCAGGCACACAGAAACACCCACGGGGCCGAUGCCUAGCUGCUGCACUUCUCUGCUGUGCGACGGCAUGGUCACUGAACCUUUCCUGAGCUUCAGUUUCUUCAGUUUGAAAACAGGAGCCGUGAUAAAACCAGCUUCGCGGACGUGUGUGAAAUGGAGAGGGUGCUGAGCUGGCUCAGUCUGUGAGCCAGGGAUGCUGUUAGGACGUCCCGUCCCGGCUCCAAGCGCCUGCCCCCACCUCCUGUUAAGAAACCACAGCUCUUCCCCUCCCCUCCUCUCCUCUUCGCUCCCUUUCCUAACAAUUUGGUCCAAAGCUUCGGGGAGGCAGAGCAAGGUAGGCAUUGGUACCUGGCUGGGGGACACAGCGGCCUAGAGUGGGUGUGGGGCAAAGAGGGCAUCCGCUCAGCCUGAGAGGGUGGGGGGGCAGUCCGUGGAGCACGGGUGGGGAGUGGUGCCCAGUGGAGGCCCAGAGCGGGCAUCAUCCGUCUCAGAGGCACCUCAGAGAAUUCUCCGGCCUGGCGUCUUCCUCAAGUAGUCUGACGUCAUUUGCUCAGGGGCUUCUCCAUCCUGGGGGUACUUGGUUCACCUUGCCAGUGUGGACAAAACCAGCGUGCUGGAGAGGGCGUCUGCAGAGAGCAUCUCUCUAAGGAUGCUGUCAGAUUCUGGACGGAGAGCUGUGGGUGAGCCUGGGAGAGGGGCCUGUAGCGGGGAGGACAAAUCAAUGAAGGCCUCAUGGGGGGGACAGGAGAGGUGUGUAACCCCAAGGGACAAAAGGGGUUGGAGGGAUGAGAAGACUGGGAGAGAAAUCUGGGUCCAGCGUAGUCAGAGAACCCCACUGAAGGCAGCCCUGAAACUGGGGGUGCUCGAGCACCCCUGCAAUGAGAGUGCUGGGAGGGCAGGGUCUCAAGUGGCACCUACCGCCUUACGCAGAUGAGGCGCGGCCGUGACAGAUGUGCGCGCAUGCGUGUGCCUGUGGAGGGUGGGUGGCCUGGUGGGUUUGCCAGUGGCCUGGCCUCUGACUCUGGGAAGAGGUGCCGUGGGCCGGGCCGCCUGGGGCCGCUCAGGAAUUCCUGAGGGAACUGUGCCAAGUCAGCCUGUUUCCCGGGACACUUUCAGCCGUUCUGUUCCUGCCCCAGGGAGGUUUGCCUGCAGGUGGCGUGCCAGUCUGGAGGCAGAGGGAGGAGGAGGCUAACUUUCUUGGGCUCUAACCUUACCCUGGGCACAGUGCUGGGUGCGGGGAUUCUGGCUUCUCCGUUCAUCUCAGCAGGCAUCCUGGUUGCAAGCAACGGAAAAUACUCUAACUUAGAGAGCUGGGAAACCAGCAUGGGAAACAGGAAAGAACCACAGCGAAGGCCACACCCACAGCGUCCCAGGACACGUCCUCCACCCACCCCGUCACUGGUGGCUGCAGGGCCCUGCACUGGGCCCCAGUUCCCCUCUGGGCCUCGCUCAGGGUGAAGGCUAAACCAAGGUCACUGCCAGGGCCUGGCCACUGCAAGAGCAGGGAGGUGAGCCUGGGCCUCCGCAGCGGAAGACAAGCCGUCCCCCUCUGUGACUUCCUACCCAGGGUUUCCCGGAGGCAGGGUUUCUGGAAGGAUGGGAUGCAGGGUGGCCCUACAUACCCACAUCCCCCAUGACCCCAUCCCAGGACUCUCAGAAAGGUGGGGAGUUAACCGGAGUCUAGAGAAGUAGAAGCUGUGUGGGGAGGCCUGGAGGCUGUGAUCUGGGAGGCCUUCGCAGAGGAGGUGACGGUGAUUCUGGACCGUGCAGGCUGGGCAGGAGCUCCCUGGGAGGAGAACGUGGAGAACAUGGGCAGAGAGCCGGGCCUGCUUCGGAGCAGCCGGGCUUUGCUGGGAGUGCCUCAAGCGGGGGCUCAGGCUGCAGACCUGGAGGGACAGAGUGAUGGAGCCGCCUGCCUCCCCCUUAAAGGGUGUCCUUCCAUGGGAAGGCCUGGGCACAUGUCCACCCCUCGGCCCUGGGCCCCUCCCACUGAUGUGGGCACCUUCCCAGUGGCUUCCCAGGACACCCCGAGGGUGCAGACCCAGGCCUGGGACUUGAAUUUCUCACUCUGCUGCUGUGUGUGUUUGGAACUGGCCCGGAGGGAGGCGGAGCCACUGAGGGGCUUUGAGCAGGGGAGCUGCAAACCCGCUCUGGGCUACAGAGACAGGAUUCUGGGUCCAGCUGGACCAGAGACAGGACAUACUAAGGCCAGAGGCAGGGCUGUGAAGGCUGUGAUGAAAUCCAGACACAGACAAGAUGGUGGGGGACACCCGUGAGAGGGGCUCCAUGACUGGUAGCUGGUGGAACACAGCUUUACCUGAACAAACCUUCCCGUCGGAGGGAAGGCAGCAGGACAGUCCCUCCGGCCUGUCCAGGCAGCAGCCCUCGCACACGACAUCCCUCCCCCAGAGCAGGGCCCUGGGCGGCAGGCUCAGGGCCGGGUGGCCUUCUGGGAAGGUGGCUCUGAUUUCCUGGAAGAACCAAAACAGCAAACGCACAGCCUCUCUCUGCACUUCCCACUGUGCCCCGGCCUCUGCUCAGGGAGAAAGGGCUGUGUACGCAGCGGCCACACUGAGAGGGUUGGCUGGCUUCCCCAGCGGUUGCUGGGACCCAGGGGUUGCUGGGACCCAGGGGACGGAUGGCAAAAGGAUCUGAGGGCACAGGGACCCAGGAGCCUGGGCCGUUCCCCACGGAGCUGCGCCUCACACAGGGCGGGAAGCACGGCCAAGGGCCUGGGCACCCAUGAGCAGCAGGGCAGGGCCUGGAGACCGCGCGAAUCACGUGCGUGUGUGCACGCGUGUGUGUUUGCACUCAUGUUGGGGGGGGGUGUGCACGUGUUGGGCUGCCUCACGCCUUUGCUCAACAGACGCUGAACAGGCCCAGCACAUAAGAAUGUAGCAGAGACCAAGGUGGUCGAACCUGCUUUCAGGCCUCUCAGGCUAUGGGGGAGGCAAACAAGAUGUUACCGGGGUGCACAGGGAGACACAGGAGCACACUGAUGUGCCCUGGCCCGGGGCAUCUCAACAGAAGCUGAAGGAUGAGUAAAUGUGUGUGGUGGGGGGAGGGUCAGCGUUCUGGGCAGAGGGGACGAGCAUGGGACAUUCUGGAUCGUUCAUGGAGCAUAGAGUGGGGAGCGUAUGCAUGUGCACUGGUGAGGAAUAAAACAGAAACCCAGGGCUUUCCUGGUGGCGCAGUGGUUGAGAGUUCACCUGCUGAUGCAGGGGACACGGGUUCACGCCCCGGUCCGGGAAGAUCCCACAUGCCACGGAGCAGCUGGGCCCGUGAGCCAUGGCCGCUGAGCCUGCGCGUCCGGAGCCUGUGCUCCGCAACGGGAGAGGCCACAGCAGUGAGAGGCCCGCG